GCGGAACGCGCCGCCAGGGGAUUGGCUGCGGGCAGCGUCCAUCUCACGCCGCCUGGGCGGGGCGGGACUAGGAGCUGCGCGCCCAGUGCCCGCCCCGCCGCGCACGCUUAGGGGCGAGUCCGCGACCCGCGAGGUUGGUCCUGGGAGCUCGGCGGGACGCCGGCGGGUCCGCCGGUGGAUGGCAAUCGCCCCCUCGCGCGAGCGAGAAGGCACCUUGCGGUCCUUCAGCGACCUUGCUGGACGGUCUCUUCCAGGCGUGUUCGGUUCCCUGCCAGCGAGUGUGGACGGAGACGGACUCCGGAUGCGCGCCGCUACUCUACUAAAAGCUAGAAUGAAACAGUUGCCUGCAGCAACAGUGCGCCUCCUUUCAAGUUCUCAAAUAAUCACUUCAGUGGUCAGUGUGGUAAAAGAGCUCAUUGAAAACUCCUUGGAUGCAGGUGCCACAAGCAUAGAUGUUAAACUGGAGAACUAUGGAUUUGAUAAAAUUGAGGUACGAGACAAUGGUGAGGGUAUCAAGGCCAUUGAUGCACCUGUAAUGGCAGUGAAAUACUAUACUUCAAAAAUAAAUAGUCAUGAAGAUCUGGAAAAUUUGACAACUUAUGGUUUUCGUGGAGAAGCCUUGGGAUCAAUUUGUUGUGUAGCUGAGGUUUUAAUUACUACAAGGACAGCUUCUGAUAAUUUUAGCACCCAGUAUGUUUUAGAUGGCAGCGGCCACAUAAUUUCUCAAAAACCUUCACAUCUUGGUCAAGGUACAACUGUAACUGCUUUAAGAUUGUUUAAGAAUCUCCCUGUAAGAAAGCAGUUCUACUCAACUGCUAAAAAAUGUAAAGAUGAAAUUAAAAAGGUCCAGGAUCUCCUCAUAAGCUAUGGUUUACUUAAGCCUGACUUAAGAAUUGUUUUUAUACAUAACAAGGCAGUUAUUUGGCAGAAAAAUAGAGUAUCUGAUCAUAAGAUGGCUCUCAUGUCUGUUCUGGGGACUGGCGUUAUGGGCAAUAUGGAAUCCUUUCAGUACCACUCUGAAGAAUCUCAGAUUUAUCUAAGUGGAUUUCUUCCAAAGCAUGAUGCAGACCACUCUUUAACAAGUCUUUCAACCCCAGAAAGGAGUUUUAUCUUUAUAAACCAACGACCAAUACAUCAAAAAGACAUAUUAAAGUUAAUCCGACAUCAUUACAAUCUGAAGUGCCUAAAGGAACCAACUCGUUUGUAUCCCAUUUUCUUUCUGAAAAUUGACAUUCCUACAGCUGAUGUGGACGUAAAUUUAACACCAGAUAAAAGUCAAGUAUUAUUACAGAAUAAGGAAUCUGUUUUAAUUGCUCUUGAAAAUCUGAUGACGACUUGUUAUGGAUCACUACCUAGUACAGAUUCUUACGAAAAUAAUAAAACAGAUGUUUCCUCAGCUGACAUGGUUGUUAGUAAUACAACAGAAACAGAUGUGCUUUUUAAUAAGAUGGAAUCAUCUGGAAAUAAUUAUCCAAAUGUUGAUACUUCAGCCAUUCCUUUCCAAAAUGAUGUGCAUAAUGAUAAAUCUGGGAAAAGCACUAAUUAUUGUUUAAAUCAUCAGAUACAUGUUGAUGACCAUUAUGAUGAUCAUUUUAAUAAUGAAAAUUCUAACAUUGGUAGAAAUAGUAGAAAUACAUUUCAAGAGAUCCCAGUGAAUAAUUUAUCUUGUGAGGAUGUCCGGAAGGAAUGUAGUGAGACUUGUUUUGUAGGUUCCGUUAAGCAUACCCAAUCAGAAAAUGGCAGUAAAAACAAUAGCGCUGGGAGUGGAAAAAAUGAGGAAGCAGCAGUUCCUGAGAAGUCUUUGGAAAUCUGUGCAGAUGACUGGAGCAAGGGAAAUACACUUAAAAAUUCAAUGGGAGAAAACAUUGAACCUGUGAAAAUUUUAGUGCCUCGAGAAAGUUCAGCAUAUGAACUCAAUAAUAAAGCUUAUCCAAGCCCUGAACAAAAGAAUCUCAGUGAAGGUUCCUGUAACAAAAAAUCAAAUGUGGUAGAUAACAAAUCUGGACAGCUUACAGCAUAUGAUUUAAUUAGCAAUCGGGUAAUCAGAAAACCCAUGUCAGCAAGCGCCCUUUUUAUUCAAGAUCAUCGUGCUCAGUUUCUCACAGAAAAUUCUAAGACCAAUUUGGAGGAUACAACAGUACAAAUUGAAGAACUGUGGAAGACAUUGAGUGAAGAGGAGAAACUGAAAUACGAAGAGAAAGCUACUAAAGAUUUGGAACGAUACAAUAAGCAAAUCAAGAGAGCCAUUGAACAGGAAUCACAAACAUCAUUUAAGGACGGCAGAAAAAAGAUAAAGCCCACCAGUGCAUGGAAUUUGGCACAGAAGCACAAAUUGAAAACUUCAUUAUCUAAUCAGCCAAAACUUGAUGAGCUCUUGCAGUCCCAAAUUGAAAAAAAGAACCAAAACAUUAAAAUAGUUCAGAUCCCCUUUUCUAUGGAAAACUUAAAAAAAAAAUUUGAGAAACAUAAAUUUGACUUAGAAGAGAAGGAGGAACUUUGCUUGCUCCACAAUCUCAAGUUUCCUGAUGCGUGGCUAAUUACAUCCAAAACAGAGGUAAUGCUAUUAAAUCCUUACAGAGUGGAAGAAGCCCUGCUAUUUAAAAGACUUAUUGAAAAUCAUAAACUUCCUGCAGAGCCACUGGAAAAGCCAAUUAUAUUAACAGAGAGUCUUUUUAAUGGAUCUCAUUAUUUAGAGAUUUUAUGUAAAAUGACCACAGAUGAUCAGAGAUACAGUGGAUCAGCUUACCUGUCCGAUCCUCGUCUUACAGCAAAUGGUUUCAAGAUAAAAUGGAUACCAGGCAUUUCCAUUGCUGAAGACUACUUGGAAAUAGAAGAAAUGGCUAAUUGUCUCCCAUUCUAUGGAGUGAUGGACUUAAAAGAAAUUCUUAAUGCUAUAUUAAACAAAAAUGCAAAGGAAGUUUAUGAAUGUAGACCUCGCAAAGUGAUAAGCUACUUAGAGGGAGAAGCAGUGCGUCUAUCUAGACAGUUGCCCAUGUACUUAUCCAAAGAGGACGUCCAAGACAUUAUCUACAGAAUGAAGGACCAAUUUGGAAAUGAAAUUAAAGGGUGUGUUCAUGGUCGCCCAUUUUUUCAUCAUUUAACCCAUAUUCCAGAAGAUACCUGAUUAAAUAUGUUUAAGAAAAUUUGUUACUAUUAAAAUUGUUUUGGUAAUAAAAUAAUAGGAGUCAGUCUUUAAAC